GGUACCAGGUACCGUAAACACGCUAGGCUGAAGCAGAUAAAACAAACAGCUAGACUUUCAUUGCCCUCGCCAAUAUGUCAAAACUACAGUUGCUGAAUGUGUUCGUCACGGAGCGUUUGUCGGCGACUGCUGCGGAGAUAUUCGAGGCCGUAGAGAAGACCAUAGCAGAGUAUCAGGAAGAAAUAUUCCGUUCAGCAGAGGAGAACGAGCGUCUACGGAGGGAGAUGGACAUGGUUAUUAAACAAGAUAUAAAGUUACACAGAACAGACUUCCAGCUACUCACUCCCACUGUUCCCCCUGAGCAGCAGAACUGUGAGCAGGAGUGGAGCCCCAGUCUGGGGCAGGAGGACCCAGAACCCACACAGAUUAAAGAGGAACAACAGGAGCUCAGACUCAGUCAGGAGGACUCACCUCAGCCCUCACAUCUUUACCAAAACCAAACUGUGGAUGACGGAAAGCGGGGCACUCUACCUAUCAUCAUAACUGAAGAGAUCAAAACAGAACCUGAUGGAGAGGGCUACAAAGUACCAGAACCAACCAGUGAUCAGCCCCUCUCAGUUCAUCCAGACUUCUCUGCUACAGUGGAAAAACCAUAUUGGUGUAAACAAUGUGGCAAAAGCUUUACACGUAAGGGAAACUUGACCUUGCAUUUAAAGAUACACACAGGAGAGAAACCUUUUCUGUGCAAACAAUGUGGCAAAAGGUUUAACCAGAAGAGCAACUUGACCAUCCAUUCAAGGACACACACAGGAGAGAAUCCCUAUCAGUGCAAACAAUGUGGCAAAAUGUUUAACCAUAAGAGCAACUUGACCAGCCAUUCAAGGAUACACACAGGGGAGAGACCCUAUCAGUGCAAACAAUGUGACAAAUCCUUCAACCAGAAGAUAGAAUUGACAUCGCAUAUGACAGCUCAUACAGGGGAGAAACAAUAUAGGUGUCCUGUAUGCAGGAAAAGUUACAUCACAUUGAGCUAUUUAAGACUUCAUCAGUGUGUUCACACAGGGGAGAAAUCUUACCAGUGCAAAUAAUGUGGCAGAUGUUUUAGUUAUAAACAUAGCCUUACAUGACAUUUGAGCAGUCACACUAAAGGGCAUACAUGAUAUUACUGCAGUGAGUACAACAAAAGCUUCCACCUGAAGUGAAAGUGAAAACAACAUGAUACUUUUAUAUCAUUGUGGAUUUCUUCUCACAUCCAACUUGUAAAUAAAUGUUAUGUUCUAUUUUC